CCCAGGAAAGGAAGCUUUCAUAGGGCAUCAAGUAAUCUCCAGCAGGGAGAAUUAAUUGAACCCUCAAUAACAACUCAGUUAAUCACACCAGGCACUCAGUCUUACACUAGCAUGGAAACCAUGUAUUCUUCAGGAUCAAGUACCAACAUGCUGCAUGCUCAUACCACUAGUAAUCCACAAAUGUUAUCCCAUAAUAUAAACACUUAUGCUGAAAAUACAAAAAAUAGACCUAUUCAUCGUGAACAUAAGCAGGAUUCAAAGGAGCGUAGAGUUUCCACAUUAAAACUAAUUCUUAAAGAAUAUUCAUCCAAUAAAACUCAGUCUAAUAUGCACCUUAAAGACAGCUCUUCAAGCAUGCAAAGUCGUGUGUCUGCACCCCAUAACCCCUCCCCUGAGAAGCACAAAGCAUCUAUAUCUGUAAAGAUAGCUUCUAAACCGUCUGUGGAGGCAGAAGAUAACCCAAGAAAUCAUGGACCCUGUGCAGAGCAUUCUUUUGGCCAUACCAAGGUGCCCGCUAGUAUUUCUGGACAAAAGGCAGCAGUUACUUCAGCAUCAUGGUCCACAGAGAGUCAAGUGGUUGGAAGCCAGAAAUUUACUACCAAAGUGAAGACUCCAGUAACAAUUAAUGGAAGUUCAGGCAGUCCAGUGAAUCACUUUCAGCGGCCAUUUUCGCCACCCCCUACAUACCCAUCAUCCCCCUCUCGUCACUCCAACAUGAUUGUUACGCAUAAUAAUCGAAUCAUAGAAUCCACAGACUCCUACUCUCAACAGUCAGAAGUCAACAGAAGCAGCAGUACUAUACCAAUCUGCAGGAUUUCAGAGGAAGAGAAGAAAGUCACAGUAAUUAAAGCUCCACAUUAUGCUGGUAUUGGUCCUCUUGAUGAGUCUGGAAUCCCAACAGCAAUAAGAACGACAGUUGACAGACCAAAGGACUGGUAUAAAACAAUGUUUAAACAGAUUCACAUGGUUCACAAGCCAGAUGAUGACCCAGAAUUCUCUAAGACAGCCUAUGCAUAUAAUACCGACAACUACAGUUCAAACCCUGCCUACUCCCAUCCUGCUGCAAAAACACAGACAUACCGUCCUCUGUCCAAAAGUAUCUCAGACAAUGGCACUGAUGCGUUCAGAGCUCCAUCUCCCCUGCCGCCACCGGUUCCUCCUCCGGCUGUGCCUCUCCGACCUCAGGAGCAAUCCUCUCCAGAGAAGAAUGAAUGGGAACCGCCUGACAGAAAAGUUGACACCCGCAUGUUUCGCUCUGAACCAAGAAGUAUAUUUGAAUAUGAACCAGGAAAAUCAUCCAUCAUUGCACAUGAAAGACCGACUGAUCGUGUAAACCCAGAUGAAAUAGAUUUAGAAAAUGAACCAUGGUAUAAAUUCUUUUCUGAGCUGGAAUUUGGACAUCCGCCUCCUAAAAAACUAUUGGAUUAUGUUCAGGCGAGUUCCCCUGGUGUAACAUCUGAGACCUCCUUGUACCAGCCAUCCAUAGACAAAAUCAUGGAAAGACCUUCCAGUUUGGCCAGUGAUUACAGAAAAAGGAGGAAGUCUGAGCCCAGUGUCGGCCAUCAGAGGGCACACAGAGCCAGUCAAAGCCGCACAGAUGCCCAAGGCACCAACCAUACCCUGAAAAAGACUGCCAUUAACUCAUCUCCUUCUUCCCCCUCCAGAGCAAAAGCUGAUCAGGAUUCUCCCAGAAACUAUUCUUCAGCUUUCACUGAUGUGAGCCGGAGUGCAACCAGGAGAGGCGCACAAGAGACAGAGGUUGCCAGAGCAGUGUAUGAUUUUAAAGCCCAGUCUCCAAAAGAACUUUCUUUCAAGAAGGGAGAUACCGUAUACAUCCUCAGGAAAAUAGACAAGAACUGGUAUGAAGGGGAACAUUACGGAAGAGUAGGGAUAUUCCCAGUAUCAUAUGUCGAGAAAAUUAGCCCAACAGAGAGAUCACAGCCAGUUCGACCUCCACCUCCAGCACAAGUUCGAGAAAUUGGAGAAGCAUUGGCCAAAUACAAUUUCACUGCUGACACAAAUGUGGAGCUAACACUUAAAAAGGGUGACAGAGUGACUAUUCUAAAGAAAGUUGAUCAAAACUGGUAUGAAGGAAAAAUCACAGGGACUAACAGACAGGGCAUCUUCCCUGUUUCUUAUGUGGACAUGGUUAAAAAGAGCCCAUCCAAAAGCACUGGUGAUUCUCCAGAUCGUACAAUACCUCAGAGCUACUCAAGUGAGAGAAUACACAACGUGAGAACACCCACAUUGUCUACACAAAAAAGACUUCGUACUCCACCUAUUACAUUAAGCCCUGAUUCAUCUGCUUGUACAGACACUAGUAAAGGGAAAUUAGAUGCUGUGACCACAGAAUGGCUUUCAUUGACUGUUGGCCCUUCACCGUCAUUAACGCCUGCCCCAACUCCACCACCUUUUCCUGACCACUUUGUUUCCAGUGCAGAGAAGCCAAACUCUUUGCCAGUAACAGUUGUCCAGCCUGAACAAUUUAACUCCAGUGAAAUAACUUCCCACCUUACAGAUGGCCAUUUUGUUCCAAUAACCUCACCAAAGACUAUUUCAAGUUACCAUCUUCCUGUACCUUCACCCUUCCCUGACACUAUACUUACUUCCUCUCCCACAAAUCAGCAGUUUGAAACUUCUGUGUCUGCAACUGAUACUGAUCAAAAUUUUACUGGAAAGCAGGAUAUAUACGUGGACGAGGCAGAUUUAGGGAGACCACAUAAUAUAAAACAAGUCACAGAAAUUGUUUCAGAUACUGUGAAUGCAUCAGAGACUGAGAGUUCUGACUUGGUCCUCUCCGAGUCUGCUACAGUGGCAUCAUCACCCAGAAACCUCACAUCAAUUGAUGAACAAGAGGAAGAAGUAUGUGAGGAACUGCUCUCAAUCAUCCAAGGGUGUCAGAUGAAAUGUCAAGAGUCAGGGUUUUAUAGGUCUAUCCCUGAAAAAGAACAGCUUCCAAGUCUCUACAUUGAGGAAGAUGGGACAAUUGAAAAUGUAAAACCACCAAUAGAAAACAUAACACAGCCUAAUAUAUUUCAUGAGGAAUAUCCAUCCUGUGCCAAUACUGAGACGAGCUCAGUUUCCUCUACAACACCAAGGUCUCCUGCACUUUCUCAGCACCCUUCCAAUCAUCACUUUCAUGCUGUCAGUGUUCCCACACCUGAGUCUGUGAGUGCACCUUGCCAACCCUCUGUGUCACAAUCAUCAUCACUUCUAACCAAAUGUACUGCUAGACAGGAGACACAAUCUCCACGGUUAAAGGGUAUAUUUAAAAGUGACCUAGUAAUUGUUGGUAAGCCUCCUCGUAGUCCUGUGAUGUCUAGGAAAUCCUGCAGUUCACCUAUCAAAAGCCCCAGCAACAGCCACCGGAAGCCUGUGUUUACUCAUGAAAAUAUACAAACAAUGGGAGAACCAUAUCAUUCCCUAUAUAAUUACACACCACGAAAUGAAGAUGAGUUGGAGCUAAGAGAAGGUGAUGUCAUAGAUGUUAUGGAAAAGUGUGAUGAUGGAUGGUUUGUGGGGACAUCACGAAGGACAAAGUUCUUCGGCACUUUCCCUGGAAACUACGUUAAGAGACUGUAAAGCAGUUCUCAUUCUUCCACUGCCUAGCCCAGCACAUAAAGGACUUUAUGAUGAAGCACGCUGGUACCUGAUAUACAGAUUCAUAUGCUGUCCCUGCUGCCGCCCGACCGUAUUUUACAGCAGUAUUAGAUUCAAGCUGACGAUUCUCAAGAUUCUACAGGAGAUAUUCCCACACUGUUUAUCGGUUUCUUUCCAUGCAUUUCAAACAUUUUAUUUACACAAAAUACAGUUUGUCAAUGUCAUGCAAGACAAUCAAAAGCAUGGGGAAACUGAAUCUUUUGAUUUGGGAUAUUUCAUGGAAAUAUGUUUCAGUCAUUAUGCUAGAAAAGAAGAAUAUGCUUCAAAGAUUGUAGAAUUGGAAUACACUGGGCUCCAGACCAGACGGCUCAAUAUAGAAAACACAAAUUACAUUAAUCACACAAUCAAAGCUUUCUCCAGCUGCACUGCCAUUCCCAAGGGAGUCCAUCUGUUUGUACUGAGACACAACACAUCAGAAAGAUAGUAGGCUAGAAAAUGCCUGUGUAUAUGUGCACACUGAAACAUGUUAUGCGGCCAUACUGUAUGUAUAUAUGCAAUUCAAAUUAAAGGGACAUUAAACUCAAAAUGUAAUUCCCUAUAUAAACUUUAAUCAUGCAUAAUUAAAAAUAUAUUGCAAUGCA